GUCCGGGCGGGCAAGGGCGCCCGGGCCGAGCUCCGGCUGCAUGAAGAUCCGAGAGGGUGGACCGAUGCUCCCCGGUGCGGGCCUCAGGUCCGCCAGCCGGGCUCCCAGCGCUUCCGGAAAAACAGCCCCGGGCGCCGCCCAGCAUGCCCGGCUCUCCGCGCGGAGCACGACCACCGGCCCUCGGAGACGUCGGGCCGUCCGGGGAGGAGCGGCCGCCGGCGGGAUGUGCUAGCACGUGACGCAGGCCCCGGGCGCACUCCAGUCGGACGCUGGUCCCCUGCUCUGCCUGCGCAGGAUGAAUGACAUGAAUUUGAGCCCAGUGGGGAUGGAGCAGCUGUCUUCGUCCUCUGUGAGCAAUGCCCUGCCAGUCUCUGGAAGUCAUCUGGGUUUGGCUGCCUCUCCCUCUCACAGUGCUAUCCCUGCCCCAGGUCUCCCAGUGGCAAUUCCAAACCUGGGUCCCUCCCUGAGCUCUCUGCCUUCUGCCUUGUCUCUGAUGCUCCCCAUGGGCAUUGGAGAUCGAGGGGUGAUGUGUGGACUACCUGAAAGAAACUAUACCCUACCUCCACCACCGUACCCUCACCUAGAGAGCAGUUACUUCAGGACCAUUCUACCUGGCAUUUUAUCUUACUUAGCUGACAGACCACCUCCUCAGUACAUCCACCCCAACUCUAUAAAUGUUGAUGGCAAUACAGCAUUGUCUAUCACCAACAGCCCAUCAACACUUGAUCCCUAUCAGGCCAAUGGAAACGUUGGAUUAGAAUUAGGCGUUGUUUCAAUAGACUCUCGCUCUGUGAACACACAUGGUGCCCAAAGUCUUCAUCCUAAUGAUGGCCACGAAGUGGCAUUGGACACAACAAUCACUAUGGAGAAUGUUUCUAGGGUUACCAGCCCAAUCUCUACAGAUGGAAUGGCAGAGGAGCUUACAAUGGACGGUGUUGCAGGAGAACAUUCGCAAAUCCCAAGUGGCUCCAGAAAUCAUGAACGCCUGUCUGUGGAUUCUGUGAGCAACAGUCUUACAGCAGACACUGUAGGACAUGGUGGUGUGAUCCCCAUUCAUGGGAAUGGUCUGGAGCUUCCUGUGGUCAUGGAGACAGACCAUAUUGCAAAUCGGGUCACUGGGAUGUCUGAUGGUGUUGUCAGUGACUCCAUCCACACUGUGGCCAUGAGCACCAACUCUGUAAGCGUGGCACUCUCUACCUCACACAACCUUGCCUCCCUAGAAUCGGUUUCCCUCCAUGAAGUUGGCCUAAGUCUAGAGCCUGUAGCUGUCUCUUCCAUCACGCAAGAGGUUGCUAUGGGGACAGGUCAUGUAGAUGUCUCCUCAGACAGCUUGGCUUUUGGACCACCUUCACUGCAAAUGGAAGACUCCAAUUCAAACAAGGAAAACAUGGCAACCUUGUUUACAAUUUGGUGCACUCUCUGUGACCGAGCCUACCCCUCAGACUGCCCUGAUCAUGGACCAGUGACUUUUGUUCCUGACACACCAAUAGAGAGCAGAGCAAGGCUGUCCCUCCCAAAACAACUUGUUCUCCGCCCAUCCAUUGUGGGGACAGACAUUGUUGGGGUCCUUCCUUUGAUAGGAGUGUGGACGGCGGAAACCAUUCCUGUGCGCACUUGCUUCGGGCCUCUAAUUGGUCAGCAGAGCCACUCCAUGGAAGUAGCAGAGUGGACAGACAAGGCAGUUAACCAAGUCUGGAAGAUAUACCAUAAUGGUGUCCUAGAAUUCUGCAUCAUUACAUCUGAUGAAAAUGAGUGUAAUUGGAUGAUGUUUGUGCGCAAAGCCAGGAACCGUGAAGAACAGAAUUUGGUGGCUUAUCCCCAUGAUGGAAAAAUCUAUUUCUGUACCUCACAAGACAUCCCUCCUGAAAAUGAGCUGCUUUUCUAUUAUAGCCGGGAUUACGCCCAGCAGAUGGGUGUUCCUGAGCACCCAGAUGUGCACCUCUGUAAUUGUGGAAAGGAGUGCAAUUCCUAUUCAGAGUUCAAAGCUCAUCUAACCAGCCACAUCCAUAGCCAUCUCCCUGGCCAGGCACACAGCAGCAGCCACGGGCCAAGCCACAGCAAGGAAAGGAAGUGGAAGUGUUCCAUGUGCCCCCAGGCUUUUAUCUCUCCUUCCAAGCUCCACGUCCAUUUUAUGGGUCACAUGGGCAUGAAGCCCCACAAGUGUGACUUCUGUAGCAAGGCUUUUAGUGAUCCAAGCAAUCUAAGGACACACCUCAAAAUACAUACAGGUCAGAAGAAUUACAGGUGUACUUUAUGUGACAAGUCUUUUACCCAGAAGGCUCACCUGGAGUCACACAUGGUCAUCCAUACGGGUGAGAAGAAUCUCAAGUGUGAUUAUUGUGACAAGCUAUUCAUGCGGAGGCAAGACCUUAAGCAGCAUGUGCUCAUCCACACACAAGAACGCCAGAUCAAGUGUCCAAAGUGUGAUAAACUGUUCUUGCGAACAAACCACUUGAAGAAGCAUCUUAAUUCUCAUGAAGGAAAGCGGGAUUACGUCUGUGAGAAAUGUACAAAGGCUUAUCUAACCAAGUACCAUCUCACUCGACACCUGAAGACCUGCAAAGGGCCCACCUCCAGCUCCUCGGCACAGGAGGAGGAGGACGAUGACUCUGAAGAUGAUGAUCUCACAGACUCCAUGAGGACGGAUGACUGUAGGAUGAGCAGUGCUAUUUACUCAGCAGACGAGUCUCUCUCCACACACAAAUAAAAGGAAAACUGCUUUGGAUGGGCAUUGCAUUGGGAAAACACAAAACCAGCUCACUGCAGAGGUUUUGAUAUGGAGUGCCUCCUGAUCUUCCUAACCCCGUCAAGAGUGGACCGAGUGGGAAUAGCUAAAGCACUUAGAGAAGAAUAUCCAAAUGGAUUCUUUAAGACGUGUCUGUCUUAUUUUUAAGUAAAGGUUGGCGAGGAAAGGGCCAGCUUUUGAUACCUGUUCUUACAUAGUAAUUUGGGAGAUCAUUUAUGCUUGAGUCAACGUGGCCUUUUGUUCAUACAAAUCAGGUUUAUCUCACAUUGUUCCAUUUUUCCCCUCCAGCCAACGUGACUUGACCUAGCCAUCCCCACUGUUGACCAUAUAUUAUGUACUGUUGUGAGGUAUGCAUUUCACAGAGAAUUGCAGCACAGCAAUGCAAGUAUUCAGUGACUAAUUCAUUAUAUAAAACAGAGAAAGUAAUUCCUUCUGGCCACUGGAGAGUUAGAUACUGUUUCCCCAUUUCAGCAGGUGUUGAGGGGGCAAGUAAAGAAGCCGAUAUGGGUCAGAGGACAGUGACUGGUGGAGGGAAAAGUCCAGAAAAGCACCUUCAAUGGAAGCCAAGAUUAGCCACCUGGUUAUGUGUACAUGUACAUCUUUGCAGUCUAGCCAUGUCUCUGUCUUCAGGAAAGAAAGCCUUUCUGUCAUUCAGCAAGUACCUGGAACUAACAGUGUCCAAAUAAUGCCUGCCGGGUAGUCUCCUGUCAGCAAGUGCAUAUGGACUCACCUGACAAGACCAGUACUUCAGCCUGCAGGAAGGUGGAAGACAAUGAAUCUUUUAAGUAGGUUUACUUCACAGAAACCAUUAAAAUGUUGCUCGCUGAAAGCAACAUGUAGAUACAAAUGCAUUGGUGGGUUUCAGUUAGGCUUUCCCAGUUGUCUUCCUUGCUAAAGGCCCUAACCAGCUAAGUGCACAGGAUAACAAAGGAUCUGGAAGACAGAGAAGACUGUCAGUCACUAUAGGGUCUGUUUUCAGGUCUCUGUGAGCAGGCAUAGCCAGCUUUUGGCAAGAAGCAGAAACACCCUAAAGUGGACAGGAUUGAUGGAUAAAGUGGACAGGAUUGAUGGAACAUGUCUUCCUGCUCAAGGGUAUAGCCUUUCUUGGCUUGGGUAGAGGAAGGACUCUGCUGGGAAGGUUUUGCUGCUAAUGUAUUUAUGGGAUGAAUGUAUGUCAUUCAAAUCUGUAUUCCUUUAGGAAGAAUUAAAUUUUUAAUGAAAAUA